AUGGACGAACAACACGUACUCGACACGAUAUUGCGUUUCUUUGCCAUCGGCGACAACCUCGUAGUGGAGAAUUUGUUGUCGCGUUUCGGACGAGAAGUUCGACACCCGACCGCCACCACGUUCUACUCGUUUCAAAUCGCCAACGAGGAAGAACACAAAUUGACGUACGCGCGUCUCAUCAACACGAUGAUCGAGUCGGAGCAAAAGCGAGCGUCUAUUCUACGAAACGACGACGAGCCGGCUUUGCGAUCGAUGGCCGAAUGGAUCAAGCGUUGGAUACUGGAUCCGCGGGAACCGUUCUCCGUUCGUUUGCUGGCCUUUGUGUUCGUCGAGGGCGUCUUCUUCACCUCGUGCUUUGCCUACAUCUAUUGGCUUCGAUCGCGCAAUCUUUGCCCGGGUCUCGGCAAGAGCAACGAGUUUAUUUCUCGCGACGAAAACCUGCACGCUUUGUUUGCCUGUUUGUUGUACGGCGAACGAGUUCGUUAUCGCGUUCCUCGCGAACGACUGGUACAACUCACGCUCGAGGCGAUGGCUGUAAGCGACGAGUUCGUCGACGCGAUGUUUGGCGGCGGCGACGGCGACGCUGGUCGGAUCGAACUGUUGGGCAUGAACGGACGAGUUAUGAAAACGUACGUGCGGCACGUGUGCAAUCAUUAUUUGCACGAACUGCACGAGGAGAUCGUGUUUCCGAACGCUUACAACCCGUUUCCGUUUAUGGUGCAGCAAAGCCUCGAGGGCAAGACUAAUUUUUUCGAGAGCGACGUGAGCGAGUACAAGAAAGCCGUCGACGUGCUUGCGGCCAAUUACAGCGAGAACGCUGACUUUUAA